GCUAGGUGGCGGCAGCAGGGGGACGGGCGCUGGGCUGUCGGAGCCGCGAGUCUCCGGGACAAGCAACGGGCUCGGCCUCGCCAUGUUGGGCUGCCUGGGGCAGCUCCGGCGCGGCCCGACGCAGUGAGCGGGGCCUGGGAAGUGGAGUGUCCGAGGCUGGGGAGCUGGCAGCCAGGGCCCGGCGCCUGGUGCGGGGCCCGCGGCCGCCAUGAGCUCGGCCGAGCAGACGGUGACCUGGCUCAUCAGCCUCGGGGUGCUCGAGUCCCCCAAGAAGAGCGUGUCGGACCCCGAGGCCUUCCUGCGGGCCGCGCUCCGGGACGGGGUGGCCCUGUGUCGGCUGCUGGAGCGGUUGGUGCCUGGGUCGGUGCAGCGGAUACACCAGGAACCCAAAUCAGAAGUGGAAUGUCUGAAUAACAUCAAAGAGUUUCUGAAAGCCUGUGGGGCACUUCGAGUUGAGACUUUUGAUGCCAAUGAUCUUUAUCAAGGACAGAACUUCAACAAGAUUCUUAGCUCCUUGGUCACUUUGAAUAAAGUAACUGCAGAUAUUGGUGUUGGAAGUGACUCGGUAUGUGCACGUCACCAAUCCCAUCAAAUAAAGUCAGCUGAUUCUCUCGCUGGAGCCCACUUGUCACUUGGAAGACCUUCUAAAAAUUUUCCUGGAAAGUAUCGAAGUUUAGACAUGUCAGAUAACAGCAACCAUCACAUGGUGGUGAAAGCAAAGUUCAAUUUCUAUCAGACCAAUGAGGAUGAACUCUGCUUUACCAAGGGCGAUAUCAUCCACGUGACCAGAAUUGAAGAAGGGGGCUGGUGGGAGGGAACACUCAAUGGCAGAAACGGAUGGUUUCCCAGCAAUUACGUGAGAGAAAUAAAACUGAAUGAAAAACCAGCCUCUCCAAAGUCAGCAACUUUGAAAAGUUCACCCAAAGGAUUUGAAACUCCUCCAAUUAGUAAGAGCUACUACAAUGUGGUGCUGCAGAAUAUUCUUGACACAGAGUGCGACUAUGCGGAGGAACUAACGAUGCUUCUGUCAACUUUCCUGCGACCACUACAAGCCAGCGACAAGUUAAGUGUUACUGAAAUGACAUCCUUGAUGGGAAACCUGGAGGACAUUUGUUCUUUCCAGCAAAGCCUUGUUCAGUCUUUAGAAGAUUGCACCAAGUUACCUGAAUCACAGCAGAAAGUUGGGGGCUGCUUUGCAAAUCUAAUGUCACAGAUGAAAAGUCUGUAUCUUGCAUAUUGUGCCAACCAUCCCUGGGCUGUUAAUGUCCUCACAGAGUACAGUGAGGAACUGGGGGAGUUUAUGGAAAUGAAAGGAGCAACAAGUCCUGGAAUCCUCGUGCUCACCACCAGCCUGAGCAAACCCUUCAUGAGACUGGACAAAUACCCAACUCUACUGAAGGAACUGGAGCGUCACAUGGAGCAAUCCCACCCAGAUUGGUCUGACAUCCAGAAAUCCAUGACUGCCUUCAAAGCUCUUUCGUCUCAGUGUCAAGAAGUCCGGAAAAGAAAGGAGUUGGAACUCCAGAUCCUGACGGAAGCAGUCCAUGGCUGGGAGGGCGAAGAUAUCCAAUCCCUGGGCAAUGUCAUCUAUAUGUCCCAGCUCAUGGUUCAGAGUGGCAACGAGGAGAAAUGUGAGAGAUAUUUUCUCCUAUUUCCACAUGUCCUUCUCAUGCUGUCUGCCAGUCCCAGGAUGAGUGGUUUCAUUUAUCAGGGGAAAUUGCCAUUAACAGGAUUAACCGUUACCAAGUUAGAGGACAGUGAUGAAAACAAGAACACCUUUGAAAUUACUGGUGAUAUGAUUGAACGGAUUUUGGUGUCGUUAAGCCACCAGGAUAUGCAGGAAUGGGUAGACCAUCUUCAGAAGCAGACGAAAGCCCCAAGUGUGGGAGUGGUGAGGCAGCAGUCUGUGCCAUCCCAUUUUCUUCCAUUGCACCCUGUGACACCAAUCAACAAGCAUUCUGAUGGGUAUCCAAUAUCUGUGACUCCACCCUACCAUACCCUUCCUCAUCCUUCCCUGCACGGGACGUCCCACAGUACGCUGAGCUGGGGACCUCUGGAACCCCCCAAGAUGCCAAAGCCAUGGAGUUUGAGCUGCCUCCGACCUGCUGCCCCACUGAAGCCUUCAGCCGCUCUUUGUUAUAAGGAGGACCUCAGCAGGAGCCAAACCAUGAAGAAGCUGCUUCCCAAACGGAAACCAGAAAGGAAACCCUCUGACGAGGAAUUUGCACUGAGGAAAAGUAUGUUGACUCAGCUUCUUGAAGAAGAUGCACAAAUAUUGAAAGUUAUUGAAGCUUACUGCACUAGUGCCAAAACCCGUCAGACUCUGAACUCAACAUGGCAGGGGACUGACUUGAUGCACAAUCAUGUUCUGAGUGACGAUGACCUAUCAAGCUUGGACUCCUCAGCUCGCCGCAGCAGUCUCUCACGCCUCGAACCUGCUGACCUGUCCGAAGAUUCUGAUUAUGACAGUAUAUGGCUGGCCCACAGUUACCGAACGGGGUCAACAACUCUGAAUCGUAAAGAAUCUGCACCUCAGGUUUUUCUACCAGAAGAGGAGAAAAUGAUUGUAGAAGAAACCAACAGCAACGGGCAAACUGUCAUCGAAGAAAAGACCCUUGUGGACACAGUUUAUGCAUUAAAGGAUGAGGUGAUUGAACUGAAACAGGAAAGCAAGAAGAUGUGGUGUUCUUUGGAAGAGGAACAGAGAGCUCGCAAGGAACUGGAGAAGCUCAUUAGAAAAGUUCUAAAGAAUAAGAAUGAUUUCUCUUGGGAUGAAACCAACUUGUAAUCAGCGUAUAGUGCAUGGAAAUGGUCAUACCUACCUGGGAACAGUUCCUUGUAAUCAGCAAUCAAACACUUGACCAGUUCCUCUGUCAUUGGCCUAUCCAGUGUUUCAUUGCAGACAUUGACUGGAGCAUUUUAAUAACUUAAACAUUUGCUGUGUCGUUAGUAGACUGGAGAUUGCCUUGUGGAAGUUUCAAGGCUUUGGGUGUUUUGAGGAUGAACCUUUUGCCUCUAAUCACGUUGUGUGAUUCGUGUUCCCAGCAGAGGACCUGGCUUUCUACCUGAUUUAUUUUGUCCUUUGAGGCUGCUGCCUGCAGUCACUCGGAAUCCAGACCUGGGACAAGAACCUUCAAUGGAAACCAAUCUGCAGGAGUGUGUCUGCUGGAUCACUAUCACUGACUGGAAGUUGGGUCUUGACUGAAAGUGGUGUGCCAUUUAACAACUGACAUUUCACUGGAACUUCAAGCCUGGAAUUGUGGGCUGACAUCAGGGUGGCUGUGUUUUGCUUAUAGUUUCCUUUUCCAUCCUCAGCUCGGUAAUUGUGCAGAGUUCAACUGGAAAUUACUUCUGGUAUUUGGUAGUAGUAGACUCCAUGUAGGUCAGUGUCGGAAGUGAGCUGUUAUGUCAUGGUGCUUGUGUUGUGUUGACAGAAGUACAAACCCAGCUUUUUAUUUCAUGUUUAAUUUCAGAGCUGCCUAACUCUGGGUCUGUAAUCAUGCUUUCUCAUGGAAUGUUCUGGGAGUUGUGCUCUUGCAAGGAGCUUCCCUGGAAGGAGAGAGUGAUCAGGGAGCACUUGGCUCUCCCAACAAAUGAGGUUCUGCCUCGGAUGUUCUAUGAAAUCUGCUCCCUACAUUCCAAGUUUUAUCGAGCCAUGCUCACCGGUUCACACUACAAUAGUCUUUAAAAUGUCCCAUUUACUGGCUGUUGCUGUUACUGUAACUGGGUGAUAAUCUACACUAAGACCUAACAGGAAAAAUAAAGGUGGUUUUCAAUUUUC